GUCGGCUCCCCACGUGACCCACGCCAAGCCAGAGGCGCAGCAGCUAGUGUCCCAUGUGACCCACGCCAAGCGCCAGGUCGCAAAAUGGCGGCAAUGGUAGUGCCGAUUCAGAAGCUGAGUCACAAGAAAUUCAGAGCUUUACUGAAAAAAGAAAAACGCAAGAGAAAGCGGCAGGCAGCGGCUAAACAGAGAGAAGAAGAAUUAACUUGUGACAAUGACAUAGAAGAGGCAGAAGAACUUGAAGAAGAAAAAGAAUUGGAGGCUGAAAGGCAACGUUUGCAUUUAGAAUGGUUGGAAAAAGAAAAGCGGGCACAGGAAGAAUUCCUACUAAAAAAGGAAAAGGAAGCAGCAGCACAGAAAAGGCAGGAAGAGGAGGAGAGAAAAAUCAGAGAAGAAUGGGAACAGCAGCAGAUGAAAGAAAAGGAGGAAGUAGAGCACAAACGUCAGGAGCGGAGAGAACGAGAGGAGGCUGUUCAGAAAAUGCUGGAUCAGGCGGAAAGUCAGCUUGAAAAUGGUGGCACAUGGCAUAAUCCAGAAGCACCAGAGGAUUAUGGGACAGAAAAGGAUAAAUCAUAUUGUCCAUUCUUUCUUAAAACUGGGUCUUGCAGAUUUGGUGAUAGGUGCUCUCGUAAACAUGUCUAUCCAGCAUCAAGUCAGACCCUUCUUAUUAGAGCCAUGUUUAUUACUUUUGGCAUGGAAGAAAGCAGGCGAGAUGACUAUGAUACCGAUUCUGGUCUGGAGCACAGUGAGGAGGACAUUUACCAGCAGUUCAUGGAAUUUUAUGAGGAUGUGUUGCCUGAAUUUAAGAGCAUUGGGAAAGUUGUACAAUUUAAGGUCAGUUGCAAUUAUGAGCCACAUCUGAGAGGAAAUGUGUAUGUGCAAUAUCAAAAAGAAGAGGAAUGCCAGCAAGCCUUUGCACUAUUCAAUGGGCGCUGGUACGCAGGGAAACAGUUGCAGUGUGAAUUUUCACCUGUAACUCGAUGGAAAACAGCGAUAUGUGGACUUUACGAAAGGCGCAAGUGCCCCAGAGGGAAACAUUGCAACUUCCUUCAUGUGUUCCGGAAUCCUAACAGCGAAUUUUGGGAGGCUGAUCGUGAUCUCUGCACAUCACCAGAGCGAAGGAAAUCCUACUCUAACAAGUAUUCUGAGAGGCGAGAUAGAUUGAGCCAUCGUUACGAUAACCAUAGUCGAUCUAGGAGGAAGUAUAGUUGUAGUCCAGACAAAAAGCAGAGGUGGUCUGGAGAGCCUGAAAGGAAUAGGAGGAGAAGCAGGGAAAGGAGAAGGUUGCAGAGGUCCAGGAGCAGGAGCCAGGAUAAAAAACGGUCACGAAGCAAAGACAGGCAUCGCAGAAGCCGGAGUAAAGAAGCUCGCAGAUCACAAAGGUCCCGCAGCAGAAGUCAGGAACGAAGGAGGUCCAGAAGCAGAGAGAGAUGCCGAUAUAGGUCAAGGAGCAGAAGCCUGGAACGGUCACUGAGCAGAAGUCUGUCUCGAUCGAGGAGUAAAAGCCGUGACCGGUCCAACAGCAAGGACCGAGGGACAGAGAGGUCACGGUCUAAAAGCAGAAGUCCUCCUCAUGGGUGGAAUAAGAAAAGUAAGAAGGAAUCAGAAAGUAAAGAGAAAAAAAGCAAAAAGAAGGCUAAGAAAGUGAAGAAAUCUAAAAACAAGUCUGAAAACAAAUCAAAGGGCCAUAAAUCAAAAAGACUAGAACGUGAUCUCAGUCACUUGCCAGUUAGUUCACUGGAAAAGGACUCACAAGUCACCGUGGACCAUCCUGAUGUAAGAAGCCUUUCCACUUCUCCGAGUGUUAAGAGCUCUACAAGUGAUACAACAACAGCUACCAAACUGAAUGACACAAUUGAAACAGAAGCUGUUGAUGAAUGAAGGUUGGUGCUGGAAGAUGCACGACAAUGGAGUGUGGGUCUUUGGCUGCCCAAAGCAGCACUGUGAAGCUGAAGAGAAACUCUUAAAGGACUGCUAUCCAGUUGUAGAACUGGCCAGACUUUGCAUGCUAUUCAUUCCUUGAAGCAUCAUGAAAGUGCAGAAUCCUUUUGAAUAGUUUGGCAGCUAGGAUCAGUGUGGCAUUAGCACAUUGAGCUGCUGUGAUCCCUUAUACUUAGAAGUUUCCAUCCCACUUUGCUGUUUCAGAAAGAGGAAAAAUUAAUUGCGUAUCUACUACGUGCCAUCCUUUUUGGAAAAAUCUGCUUGAACCAGCAAAGUGGCCUUCUGCGCUGUAAAUGGAAUAUAGACUGAAAUAUGUCACAGAAGAGUUGUACUUUGGUGAACAUGGAUUUGUGGAGGAAACAGUUAUGUAAAGUCUUAGUAUCAUGUUAAUAAAGUUGGGACACUUACAGUAA